UAUAUAAAUAAAGCUACCUCGACUUGCUCUCUUUGGCGUCAGAUUUCCCGGGGACUCGUCAGAUCUCUCCGCUGUGAUCCCGGUCAUUACUCCGUGCUUGUACCUUCCCCCCACCUCUCUUCGCUCUCCCUGGAUCAAAAAAUCUUCCCUUCGCUUGCUUUCAAUUUUCGCUGCUCCAAUUUUUUCAGCUCGUGUCAUUUUCAGGCGAACAUCGACGGCGAUUUCCGACGGCAAUCUCCGAAAAACUACAGAGACUAAGAAGCUUUCGGUUCGUUGCUAGAUUCGUGAAGUAGUCGGGUUUCAAAAAGUUAAUGGUGUUUGGUUGAUCCCAAAGAAAACUAAAAAAUCAGCUUUGGGAAUCAUCUUUUCUUGUUCUUCCCUCUUUUUUUUUUUUUUUGGUAGGAGUUGGAGAAGACAAGUUUGAUUGAAGUGUCAAGAGUCUCGAUAUAUAUGUAUAUAUAUAUAUUGCAAUACUCUGAAGAUUGGAAGGAAAAAAACAAUUCAAUUAUCGGCUGAGACGGUCUAAUUCUCUAUUGACGAGAAAUAUCUGGGAAAAAAAAAAUUCUAAUUUCUCACUGUUUGGCUAGUGAAUUUGGGGAUUUGUUAAUGGUUUAGCAAGAAAAAAAAAAAGUCACUUUUCUUUGCAGUUGAAGACCAAGACCAACUUUUAGUUGUACUAAGGUUUUCGAGUAGUAAUACUCUGUUUGGAUGGAUUCAAUGACAAAAUUGAGUCGAUUUCUUACUGAGCUGUGGUGAAGCUAUCUUCUAUCCAUUGUUUCAAAUCAAAAUGGUGGUGAUUAAUGGAUUUUUGGGUUGAAGACUUGCUACAGACUGACAAGGAAAGGAAACUAAUUUGUAGAAUCUGGUCACUGAAUUUGCAGCUUAGGAGUUGAUUAGUAUAAUUUUGCUCUGUGUAUGUCAACAUGAAGGCUCCUCCCUCCAAUGCUUAUCUAGAAAAUUCUGGAGAAGGAGAAAGGAAGGUUAUUAAUUCAGAGUUAUGGCAUGCGUGUGCGGGACCACUGGUUUCCUUGCCUCCCAUUGGAAGUCUUGUGGUCUACUUCCCUCAAGGUCACAGCGAGCAAGUUGCUGCAUCAAUGAAAAAGGAGACUGAUGGCAUCCCAAGCUAUCCGAACCUCCCUUCCAAGUUGAUCUGCAUGCUUCACAAUGUCACCUUACAUGCUGAUGUAGAAACUGAUGAGGUCUAUGCGCAGAUGACUCUUCAACCUGUAAACAAAUAUGACCAGGAAGCAUUACUUUUAUCUGACAUGGGCCUCAAGCAAAGUAGGCAACCUGCUGAAUUCUUCUGCAAAACACUUACAGCUAGUGACACAAGCACACAUGGUGGAUUUUCUGUACCCCGCCGAGCGGCUGAGAAAAUCUUCCCACCUCUAGAUUUUUCAAUGCAACCACCUGCCCAGGAGAUAGUAGCUAGAGAUUUACAUGACCAAACAUGGACGUUCCGACAUAUAUAUCGAGGCCAACCAAAAAGGCACCUUUUGACUACAGGAUGGAGUGUCUUUGUUAGCUCUAAACGACUCUUUGCUGGUGAUUCUGUCCUUUUUAUAAGAGAUGAAAAAUCACAGCUUCUCUUGGGUAUAAGACGUGCCAAUAGACAGCAGCCUGCCCUCUCCUCAUCAGUCAUAUCCAGUGACAGCAUGCACAUUGGAAUUCUUGCUGCUGCAGCUCAUGCUGCUGCAAAUAACAGUCCAUUUACUAUAUUUUACAAUCCAAGGGCCAGCCCUUCUGAGUUUGUGGUUCCCCUAGCCAAGUAUAAUAAAGCAAUGUAUACUCAAGUUUCAUUAGGCAUGCGGUUUAGAAUGAUGUUUGAGACCGAGGAGUCAGGAGUACGCAGAUACAUGGGCACAAUCACUGGUAUCAGUGAGUUGGAUGCUGUGCGAUGGAAAAAUUCACAGUGGCGCAAUCUUCAGGUUGGAUGGGAUGAAUCAACUGCUGGUGAACGUCCUAGUCGAGUUUCAAUUUGGGAAAUUGAGCCUGUUGUGACUCCUUUCUACAUAUGUCCACCUCCAUUUUUCAGACCCAAGUUCCCCAAACAACCGGGGUUGCCAGAUGAUGAGUCUGAGAUGGAGAAUUCUUUCAAGAGAGGCAUGCCCUGGCUUGGAGAUGAAUUUGGCAUAAAGGAUGCCUCUAGCUCAAUCUUCCCUGGCAUGAGUUUAGUGCAGUGGAUGAACAUGCAACAGAAUCGUCAGUUUCCUGCCGUUCAAUCAGGAUUCUUUCCGCCUAUUGUUUCUUCAAAUUCCUUGCACAAUAACCUUGGCACUGAUGAUCCCUCGAAGUUGUUGAACUUUCAGAAUCCUGCCCUUUCUACACCAAAUGUCCAGUUCAACAAAACAAAUCAACAAAAUCAACAACUUGGUCAAUACCAGCAGUCAGCUCUAGCAUGGUCCCAGCAGCAGCUGCAACAACUGUUGCAGUCUUCUAUUAAUCCACAGCAGCAGCAACAGCUGCAGCAGCGCCAGCAACAACAGCAGCAGUCACAACAGAUGCAGCCGCAACAGCAACAACGACCACAACAACAGCAACAGCAGCAGCAGCAACAACAGCAACCGCAGCAGCAACAACAACACAUAUUGCAACCAUCUCUUGUAAAUAAUGGUGUAAUUGCCCCCAACCACACCGCAAACCAAAAUUCACAGCAACCAGCUAUAUACUCCCAACUUCAGCAACAACAACUACUGACAGGGAAUACGCCAUCCAAGCAAAACAAUCCUCCUGCUAACAGGAAUUCAUUUCAGCUGACAUCCUUGCCACAAGACUUGCAGUUUCAGCAACAAAUGGAACAAUCUAACCUUUCACAGAGGCAACAGCAGACACCAUUGCAGCAGACCCCAUCACAAUUGUAUCAACAUAGCCUGUUGCAGAGUCCACAAGUUCACCAUAUGUCGCAGCAGUCUCUCUCGGAGCAUCAGCUUCAGCUACAACUGCUGCAAAAAUUGCAGCAGCAGCAGCAGUCGUCAUCGCAACAACUGCUGUCCCCAGUAAGCCCUCCUUUGGAGCCUCAGAUGCCACAGCAACAGCAGGCCCAUCAAGUCCGGCAAUUGCAACAGAUGCCUUUGUCUCAGCAUCAGCAGCAGCAACUUAGCUGCAACAGCUUGUCAACUUCACCUCUAAUGCAAUCACCACAAUUUCCUAUGAACCAACUUCAGGGCCAGCACAAACAAAUGAGAGCCCAUUCUGGUCUUACAGAUGGGGAUGCUCCAUCAUGUUCAACUUCACCGUCUACAAAUAAUUGCCAGGUAUUCCCAUCGAACUUCCUGAACAGGAAUCAACAAAGGCCAACCGUAUUGGUGGAGGAUUUGGCAGUUGAUCCUGCUACUAAUAUGGUUCAAGAGCUACAAAGCAAGUCUGAAAUCCAGAUCAAACAUGAAUUGCCCAGCACAAAAGGGCUAGAGCAACCAAAAUACAAAGGUACUGUUACCGAUCAAUUGGAAGCUUCGUCAUCCGCAACAUCAUAUUGCUUGGAUGCGGGCAGCCUCCAGCAGAAUUUUUCACUCCCUGGUUUCUGUAUGGAUGGGGAUGUUCAAUCUCAUUCCAGAAACAAUCUUCCCUUCACUGCUAAUAUUGAUGGUUUGCAACCUGAUGCUUUGUUGUCAAGGGGUUUUGAUUCUGGAAAAGAUAUUCAGAACUUGCUUUCUAAUUAUGGUGGUGCACCCAAAGAUAUUGAGACAGAGUUGUCCACUGCUGCAAUCAGUUCUCAGUCAUUUGGGGUGCCAAACAUGUCCUUCAAACCAGGUUGUUCAAGUGAUGUGGCCAUCAAUGAGGCAGGGGUUUUGAAUAAUGGGUUGUGGGCUAAUCAGCGCAUGCGAACAUACACAAAGGUCCAAAAACGUGGCUCAGUUGGAAGAACCAUUGACGUCACCCGUUACAAGGGGUACGACGAGCUCAGGCAUGAUUUGGCCCGCAUGUUCGGAAUUGAAGGGCAGCUAGAAGAUCCACAAAGAACUGAGUGGAAACUUGUCUACGUAGAUCAUGAAAAUGACAUAUUACUUGUUGGUGAUGACCCCUGGGAGGAAUUUGUGAGUUGUGUCCAGAGCAUAAAGAUACUGUCAACUGCGGAGGUUCAGCAAAUGAGUUUGGACGGAGAUCUGGGCCAUGUGGCAGUCCCCAAUCAAGCUUGCAGUGGUACUGAAAAUGGGAAUGCAUGGAGAGGACAAUAUGAUGAUAACUCAGCUGCAUCGUUCAAUCGAUAAAUAGUUCAUAAUUCGAAAACUAAGCUGGUAAUGUCUAUCGACAUCAAGCCUUUUGAAGUUCUGAAUGAACUUUCUGCCUUAAGAUGAGGAAGAAAGCCCCUUCUUCUAAGGUGAAAUAUGGAUACAGCGUAAUGACAAUUGAAGAGUUAUAAUUGUAUUCUUCUCUUCGAUCCUGUACACCACAUGAAUUCCAUUUUCAUGGUUAGGAAACUGAGGGCUUCUGCAGAUGUGCCUCAUAGCCAGCUGUUGGAUACUUGGAUGCUUUAACUGACAAUGAUCCAAAAGUUCCAUCUCAUUCAACUUUAUAAUCUUAGGAUCUGCUUUCAUGCACCUCGUUGCAUCGGAAGGUGAAAGGUUUAGCUUUGGUCAAUCCAGAAAGUAGAUGGAGCACUUGAUCUUGUAAAAACUACUACUAAUUUUAGGUUAACAGACUUCGGUUUCAUUAAUGGGGUCUAAAUUUUACAAGGAAGAACUGCACAAAAUCGAGCAUUUCGUUUUCCACUCACAUUCCUUUGUAAUCCCCAGCAAUUCCACAAUCUAAAUGUAUCUAUUCCUUCCUCCC